CACCCCCAACUUGCUCACUAAGUGUUUGCUAUUGCAUUACUUGCGCCUACUCUCAAGCCGUCCGUCUCCUUACCACCCCCACACAUCCUUCGACGACACCCACCACCAAAAACCACCUCAUCUAUCGCAAUGGCUGUUCCCAGUUAUUGUAAUCACUCUUUCAACAUGUUGAAGUCAGAAUCAACCUUGAUCCAAUGGGUCUGCUCGAUGUGCCACUCUGGCCCGCAUUGGUUCAUCUUUGAAUGCAAGUACUGCAAGUUGAAGACUUGCCGUCCUUGCACUAACAAAGUAUAAAACCCUUCGAUCUGGCGUUGUUUGUGUGAAAGGGAAAAGGUAUGUUGGUCAGAUUCUCUCGUUCAAUGCUUUCCUCCGUUCGCUUUCCUUCCUUCCCUGUCUCCCUCACCGUCCUGCAAUAUCGCCAGCGUCCCAGCAUCCUGGUCCUGGUCAUGGACCCCCAAAGCAUGAAGUUCAAAAUGACAAAAAAUGCGCUGUCGUUCGGCUUGUCGGCUUCAACCACCAGAUCGCAUUUUCUUGAUGUCUUAUCGAUACCAAGUUGCAGCUGCAUGCGCAUGCACGAACGAUGGGCUGCAUUUCACUCCCCCAAAGCAAAAAGAAAAGUGACAGAGCCACUGACAUCAACAAGAUUCAGCCUAUCGUCGGUCCAACGUCCUCCUAAAGCAAAGCUCCUUCCUCUUCCAACGUUGGCUGCACGCAUUUCCACGCUUUCGGAUGUCCCCAGUCUCAAAAAGCAAAAAGAAUCACUAAAUCCACAGAAAAUUAUUGUCGGCCUCGUCUCAGCCUUUCUUGUGCGCACGUCAUGCAAAUGCUAUGUAUCGUAUCGCAUCGUAUGCGAGAUGCAGCCAACCUGCAGGCUGGCUUGCAGGUUGCAUCACGCCUGGUUUCUUUGGCCGCAGGAAUGGCCGCAGGACCAUGUGUCGCGCUUGGGUUGCUGCAAAUGCAAGGGCGAUCCAAAAUUUGUGCCUAUUUUUGCUUUCGACGCUACGGGCAUCUUUAGGCGAUUUUCCCUCUCCCUCCUUUUCCCUUUCGACACGGCGACGCAUUUCGAUUUGCACUUAUUACUCUUUGUUCUCACACGGAUACUUGUCACGACUUUCACGACUUUCCAUGGUUCAACUUCUCUCGCCUCUUCGGUACACUGGAUUCUGGCACAGAUCGAACAGCAACAAUAAUGCGGAGGGAUUAAUGUCGUGUGGUGGACUGAUUGAUUGAUUCAUUGUUUGGGGUUGGGCUGGUGUUUGAGGACAUAUGGCAUUUGCUUCGCUGGCUCACAGCAGGAUGACAACACAACGCAACAGCACAGCGGGACACGGAACGCUCUUUGUUUGACAUUUCGCACACUGUCACCUCGUCAUCGCUCAGCAGCUCCCCUUUCCCUGUUUUUUCCCUUUCACUUGUUUCCUGCUUUGUGGUUUGCAGUGUCUCAACGCCUUUCAAUAGGUCUGUUUGUACGACAGUUUGGGUGGCAAGACUGUUAUUCUAUUCGAGUUUGUUUGUUUCGCUUGUUUGGGGGAGGGGGUGUGAAAAAAAAUUCUAGAUUGCUCAUUGCUCACGCAAACGGAGAGAAGGAGAUCACAAAAGUUUACGGAGUUUGUUUUCCCUUGUUUGUCUACCUGUCUGUGGUGUGGUGUGGAAUGCGAAGGGGUAG